UUAUUGUAAUGUGUUUAAAUGACGUUCUACAUUUUUAUGACAGUUAAUAAUGUAAAACAAGCACCAUACAGGAAGUCAGUUCAACUCCCUAGUAUGCUGCAUGUGAUGAAAUGGUGAGUAGGUUUGUCUUAUUUUAGUUUGAUUGUAUAGUAUCUGAAUUUGAUUUUUUUUUUUUUUACAGAUAUCUGACAGUUAUGAAUGUAAAACAAGCGGCAUGCAAGAAGUCAGUUCAGAUUCCUAAUAUGCUGCAUGUGAUGAAAGAAAGACAGACGUGUUUUAUUGGAUGUGUGCUUGUUGAGCCUGAGGGAUGAAUCACUCGUCACCAAGGACGAAGCUGCAGGAUGGAUGAUGACAAGAUCUCCAACAAAGGUCACAUCGCCUUUUUCUCCAAUGCACUGAAGUUUAAUCAUUUACAAGAUGGUCCCAACAUUCUGUUUGCUGUCUUUUAACGCACUCUUCCUUCAUCGACUCAUUCCUUUACCUCCCCAUGGAGAAACUACCAUUGUGCUUCUUCUAGACAGACAUUGACCUGGAUGACUGAUUGGAGAAGCAACAUACACCCGAACUGCUCAAAGAAGUUGGUCCCCACCACUCCACACAUUUUACACCCUGAGCAUCAUGGAGGAAGCCACUAGAGGCUGCACUGGCUGUGACACCCAUGUGGCAGAUCAAUGAGGGGAGAGCGAAAGAGAGAGAGAAUAGAACAAGAAAUCAAUGGAAAAAAGGGAAAAUAAAUAAGAUGGUAAGAUAGCAUCUGUCAGGUCUCCUCAGCGGGAGGGAGUGACGGAGUGAAGAGGUAGUCGGAGCCAGCAACUGACUUAGAGAGGAGGGGAGACGGAGAGGAGAGAGAGAGAGAGAGAGAGAGAGAGAGAUAGAGAGAGAGAGAGAGAGAGAGAGAGUGGAGCAUCCUUCUGUAUUUGUCCUCACAUUCCCCACUGCAGCUGAGCCACGGAGAGGGGAGCGUGCAUCUGACUGAGCCCAGUGCAACCAGCAAGGACCACCAGCACCUGCAGCAGGCUGAGACAUCAACGCACCGAGCUGCACGGGGAAGGCGUCCUUCAAGCAGUCAGACCCAGACUGAAAAGAGAAACACACCACAGGGACAUUGGAAGCUUUCUGCAAGUCACAUCAGAGCAGGUUGACAGCGUGGUGAAAGAAAUAGGGAGCAUCCCGGAUGAUCAUUAAGUUGGUGACAGCAAUAACCGCGUAGACAAAUACAACAAGAACAAGCUUUUUCACAAGUUGACGUUUUCAAGGUGCGCAGCUGUGGACUGGCAACCAGACAACAAAAUACUUGCACAAAAGGUGUGACGAGAGUGAACCGUUGAGGUUUGUCCCCAGCAUGCACCUGGCUCAGAAGCAUCGCAGGGCCACUGUGCCAACAUCAGACUGCUUCCUGGCUUUUGCUCUCUUUCUGGCUCUACAGGUUGCUGCUCACGCAGCACCAUCCGGAGACAACGAGCUGGUCAGAACAACGCGAGUGAGGAGACAGAUCCCAGAUGGGGAUACCUCGGGCCCCGUGUCCAACCAGACCAUGAAGGAGCAACCUUUGGUCUUCAACCAUGUCUAUAACAUCAACGUACCUGUGGAGUCUCUUUGCUCGGUCGACCUUGCUGCGUCUGCUCCGCCGGGACCCGGAGGAGACCCCCGUGCUGAGCUAGGGUCCAGAGCCUCUGUAGAGGGACCACUGGACCCAGUUGGGCCGACAGAGUACAUUGAACAGACAAUGGAUGCUGACAGCCAGGUAACAUUUACUCAUCGCAUCCACAUCCCAAAAUCGGCGUGUGGUUGUGCGGCGACGGUCACAAUCCAACAGCUGGCCACAAGGAUGGAGAUGCUGGAGAGAGAAGUGUCUAUGCUGCGGGCUCAAUGUGGAAACGGUUGCUGCGGAGAGAACCCAUCCAUUGCCCGUUUUGACUAUUUCCCAGGAUGCAACGGCCACGGCAGCUUCAGCCUGGACAUUUGCGGCUGCAUAUGCGACGAAGGCUGGACCGGCAAAAACUGCUCAGAACCCCGUUGCCAGGAUGACUGCUCCGGCCAGGGUGUGUGCAUCGAUGGCGAGUGUGUGUGUGACCGUGACUUUUCAGGCGAAAACUGCUCCGAGCUGCGCUGUCCCGCCGACUGCUCGGGCCGCGGCCUGUGCAUCGACGGGGAGUGCGUGUGUGAGGACUCCUUCUCCGGAGAGGACUGCAUGGUCGGGAGGUGCGUGAACGACUGCUCAGACCAGGGGCUGUGCGUGAACGGGACGUGCCAGUGCCGGCCCGGGUAUGUGGGGGAGGACUGCUCGAUGGUGUACUGUGCCAACAACUGCAGCAAGAAGGGAAUCUGCAAGGAGGGCUUCUGUGUGUGCCAGGAUGGCUUUGCUGGAGAUGACUGCAACUCGGUGGCCCCUGCCAUGAACCUGAAGGUCCGAGAGGUAACAGAUACAGCCAUCGAGCUGGAAUGGGAAGGUUCUGUGGUUCUAACAGAUUUCCUCGUGACCUACACACCAAGCAGUCCAGGAGGAGUCCAACUAGAACUGCGGAUGCCGGGGAAUACCUCCUCCUGCACCAUCUCAGACCUAGACGCGGGUCUGGAGUACAACAUCAACGUGUUUGCGGUCAUUAACAACAGCAUCAGUGCCCCUGCCAGUAUUACCGUCACAACCUACCUCUCCAAUCCGGUGGGUUUAGUCUUCAAAUCCAUCACAGAGACGUCAGUGGAGGUCCAGUGGCAACCUUUCUACAAUUCCUUCGAUGGCUGGGAGAUCAGCUUUAUUCCCAAGGACAACGAUGGUGGGAUGACUGCCCAGCUGCCCAGCACCAUCACCUCCUUCGUGGAAACUGGUCUGAGACCAGGGGAGGAGUACACAGUCAAUCUGGUGGCGCUCAGAGACCAGGGUCGAAGUCAGCCUUUUACUGCUACUGUCUCAACACUGAUCGAUGGCCCCACUGAGCUGGUGGUGCGCGAUGUGUCCGACACCGUCGCCUUCUUAGAGUGGACCCCGCCAAAAGCCAAGAUUGAUCAGAUUAUGCUGCGUUACGGCCUCGUGGGAGGGGAGGGUCCGCGGACUACAUUCCGCCUCCAGCCCACGCAGAGCCAGUACACCCUGCAGGUCCUGCGACCCGGCUUACGUUACGAGGUGUCUGUGAGCGGCGUGAGGGACGGGAACGCCAGUGGAUCAAUUUCCAUCGAAUUUACUACCGAGAUCGAUACCCCCAAGAACCUGCGGCUCCUCUCCAAGACCUCCACCACGCUGGAGCUGGAAUGGGAUAACAGUGAGGCACAGGUGGAUGCCUACCAGGUGGUGUACAGCACAUUGGCAGGUGAUCAAUAUGAAAAAGUCAUUGUUCCAAGAAAUGAAGGAGCCACCACAAAGACCACUCUCACCGAACUGCUGCCCGGCACGGAGUAUGGUAUUGGCAUUUCCGCCAUGAGAGGCAACAAUCAGAGCACAUCAGCUACUAUGAAUGCCAGAACGGGUCUGGAUGUUCCCAUGGAUCUAACUGUAACAGCAUCUACAGACAACACCAUCACCCUUGUGUGGGGCAUGGUACAGGGUCCCAUUGACUUCUACAAAGUCACCUUCACAUCCUCCUCGGGCGUGUCUACCGAGCUGACCGUGCCUAAAAAUGAAAUCACCACCACUCUGACGGACCUGGAGCCCGGGACGGAAUACACCAUCACAGUGGCAGCCAGGAGAGGACGACAACAGAGCAACGUGGCAACCAUUGAUGCCUUCACAGGGAUCAGGCCCGUCUCUCAUCUAUAUUUAUCUGAGGUGACCUCCGACUCAGUGCUGGUGGCGUGGAGCUCCCCGGCGCCGCCCGCCGACGUUUUCAUCCUCAGUUACAGCUCCGCCGAUGGAACCGACACCUCUAAGGUGACCCUGGACGGCUCCAAGACCAGGUCGAUGGUGCAGGGGCUUCUGCCCUCCACUCAGUACGACGUCAGCCUGAUUACAAUACAGGGAGACGUUACCUCUGAGCCAGUUACCGCAUCACUUAUGACAGGUAUGGACCCACCCAAACAGAUGACGGUGUCCGCCGUGGCCGAGGACACAGUGACCGUUUCAUGGAUCAAACCGCUGGCUCCAUUUGAGUACUACAAGCUGUCCUAUCAGUCAGCCAGAGGUCGAGUGGACAGCGUGGUGAUUGACAGCGACGUGACCAACUACACUUUGUCUAGUCUGUUCCCCGCUACUGAAUAUGAGAUCAGUCUGAAUGCUGUCAGGGGGAGCCAAGAAAGCAAAAUGGUCACCGCCUCAGUCUUCACAGCCAUGGACAUGCCAUCAGAGUUGACCGCACUCAACAUCACGCCACAAGGAGCCCUGCUGAGGUGGAACCCCCCUCUCUCCAACGUUGACAACUAUGUAAUAACGCUCACACACAACCAAGUGACAGCAGAUACCUUCCUGGUGGAGGGCAACAAGCAGGAGCACCAGCUGUCCAACCUGAAGCCCAGCACGUCCUACUCGGUAGCCCUCUAUGCCACCAAGGGACCCCUCACCAGUGGCACUGUCAUCGCCAACCUCCAAACACCCAUCGACACCCCUCUGAACCUGACAGCCAGCGAAGUGAAUCACCGCAGUGCUCUCAUCUCCUGGCAACCGCCCGCCUCGGAAAUUGACAACUACAUGCUCACGUACAAGUCAUCUGAUGGCAACCGUAAAGAGUUGAUCCUCGACUCAGAAGACACGUGGAUUCGUCUGGAGGGGCUGGCUGAGACCACCGAGUUCACUGUCAAGCUGCAGGCGGCAAGAGGCCUUGACACCAGCGCUGUCGUCUCCACCACCUUCAUCACAGGGAGUCGUCUGUUUGCAACGCCUCAGAAUUGUGCCCAGCACCUGCUGAACGGCGAGACGCUGAGCGGCAUCUACACCAUUUACAUCAACAGGGACCCCAGCCAGGGUGUGCAGGUGUACUGUGACAUGGGCACGGACGAAGGAGGCUGGAUUGUUUUUCAGCGACGUCAGAACGGCCUUACAGAUUUUUCCAGGAAGUGGAGUGACUAUCGAGUCGGUUUUGGGAACCUGGAGGAUGAAUUCUGGCUAGGUUUAGACAACAUCCAGAGGAUUACCGCUCAAGGCCGCUAUGAGCUGAGGAUCGAUAUGAAGGACGGACAGGAUUCGGUCUACGCCAACUAUGAUAAAUUCUCCCUGGGUGAUGCCAGAAACCUGUACAAGCUCAGGAUCGGCGAGUACAACGGCACUGCUGGUGACUCUCUGAGCUACCACCAGGGACGACCCUUCUCCACAAAAGACAGGGACAACGACAUCGCCGUCACUAACUGUGCCUUGUCCUACAAAGGAGCCUGGUGGUACAAGAACUGCCACCGAGCCAACCUCAACGGCAAAUACGGCGAGUCCAGACAUAGUCAGGGUAUCAACUGGUACCACUGGAAAGGACACGAGUUCUCCAUCCCUUUUGUGGAGAUGAAGAUGAGGCCGUUCAACUACCGCAGCAUCAGCAGCAAGAGGAGGCGGUCGGUGCCCGUUUAAGCUGUUGCUUAGAGACGGACGGAGUUUGGUAAUGCUUUGCUAAACAAGUCCUGAUCAGGAGGCAAUAAAGUCAAUUUAGCGAAGGAUCUGGUAACGGCCGCACGCAUCCGACAAGAGCUGUCUUUCCCUGCUGUAUACCUCCUCCCGGGAGUUAAAGACACUGUAUGUAAUUUAUUCAUUGCUUUGAAUGACAAUUCUUGUUUUUUUUUCUGUAUAAAAAACAUGACAAAAAAAAAAAAGACAAAAAGCAAAGCUAGGAUGCCCUAUUUUAACCAAUAACACUUUGAACAACAACUCUAUUGUAAAUGCCCCCAAAAGCCCACUACUGUAAAAUAUAUAUAUUUUUAUAACUGAUAGUGUGGCAAAGCGCCAUCUUAUUUCUUUAUGAUGACGUUCAUAGAAAGCCCCUUUUACACUGACUGUGUUCAGAACCAUCCAUGCAGUAUUCCUACUUCAGGCAUCAGAGCCGUAACAGAGCAGGACAGGGCCUGCAACAAGUGUGGGGAUUGAAGCAAAUGUCAUCUACAGAAUAUACACUGUAAAAAAUUACCAGGAUUUCACGGCGUUUAAAAACAGUUGGUUUUUUUUUCAAAGUAAAACAUCGUAAUUAGAGAUGUCCGAUAAUAUCGGACUGCCGAUAUUAUCGGCCGAUAAAUGCUUUAAAAUAUGAUAUCGGAAAUUAUCGGUAUUGGUUUCAAAAAGUAAAAUGUAUGACUUUUUAAUACGCCGCUGUUCGGAGUGGUACACGGACCUAGGGAGAAGUACAGAGCGCCAAUAAACCUUAAAGGCACUGCCUUUAUGCGCCACACUGUGAACCCACACCAAACAAGAAUGACAAACACAUUUCGGGAGAACAUCCGCACUGUAACACAACAUAAACAAUAACAGAACAAAUACCCAGAACCCCUUGCAGCACUAACUCUUCCGGGACGCUACAAUAUACACCCCCCGCUACCCACUACCCCUAGAACCCAGCCCCCCUCAACCUCCUCAUGCUCUCUCAGGGAGAGCAUGUCCCAAAUUCCAAGCUGCUGUUUUGAGGCAUGUUAAAAAAAAAUUAUGCACUUUGUGACUUCAAUAAUAAAUAUGGCAGUGCCAUGUUGGCAUUUUUUUCCAUAACUUGAGUUGAUUUAUUCUGGAAAACCUUGUUACAUUGUUUAAUGCAUCCAGUGGGGCAUCACAACAAAAUUAGGCAUAAUAAUGUGUUAAUUCCACGACUGUAUAUAUCGGUAUCGGUUGAUAUCGGAAUUGGUAAUUAAGAGUUGGACAAUAUCGGAUAUCGGCAAAAAAGCCAUUAUCGGACAUCUCUAAUCGUAAUCGUAAUGUACUGUAACGUUAUAGCAAACGACUUAAAAAAUGACGAUACCCUCCUAUUUCACUGCAAUCAACAGUUAUUUCACAGUAAAAUAUUACUGUGAAAACAAUGCAAUUAUAGAAAAUGAAUUUGCUGUGAAAAUGUUUACAGUGUAUGUUCGUGGGAAGCACAAUGUGUUACGUCUCUCGAUGCCGAAUAUUCCGUGGGAUUUCUGUGUAAAAGAGGCUUGCAGAAUUACAACAUCAAAGUUGGAACUUUGAAGGCAGUUCAACCUUACUUGUUUUAUUUACUGAAUUAUCAUUUGAAGCUUUACUUCCAUGCAUUUCUUGAAAUGGUUGGUCUUUAUUUUUUAAGUUUGUUCCGGCGAUGGUUUGGAUACCAAAGAUGUGGUUGAUGUGCAAAGAGCCCAAACUAUUGCUUCUGUCCAAACUAACCAAAAGAACCACACAAGCAACAAUCGCAACCAUGUUUUGGCGUAAAGUACAGUAUUGACCCAAAUAUAAGACUGUUUUUUGUUCCCUAGAAAACUGUCUAAAAAUAAGGCUGCCUUAUAUUUUGGGCCUGACAAAGACCGAAUUUUACAAAAACCGAAGCAUUUUUUGGGGGGGAAAUUUUGACUAUAAUUCACUAUCCUUAAGUCUUUUUUUUUUUUACAUUCCAACUCGUAAAUAAAUAUGAAUAAAAGUCCACUUACAAUGGAGCCAAUGGUAGCCAUGACGUUAUUGCAUUUAUUUUGACCAUUAAACCCAAUAAAUAACCAUCGAAAAACCGCCAACAAUACUCCAUUAACAAUAUUAACCAAGUAUUAGCUAUAUUGUCGUUAAGGACCUACAUUUAGAGGCACAUUGAUCAGGGAGAGGCAACUUCCUAAUGCUGCUGUAUUGACAUAAUUUUUCAUCUAAAUGGGAAUAUAUGAACAUCCUAACAGUCGGCAUCCUAAUGACAGCAGACCUUGUACAGUAAGUGAUGUUUUAUUAUGUUUGUUGGCUCUCAUGAAGUUUGCGGUGAGUAGUAAUCAGUGAUGUUGUCAAAGGAAAACGCGAACAUAGUGAUGCAUCUAUGAAAUUAAAGUGUCGCUCCAUGCUUAAAAUGAGCAAAAUGCUUAAAAAAUACAUGUUAUUAUAAAUGUGGCUGUAACUACAUUACAUAUAUACUUACAUCAUGUAUAUAAAACCUUAUUGGAGGUGUUUGGAUGUUUUUUUAAGCACUUUAUAAACAGAAUUGAGCGACUCCAAUUGGCUCCAUUGUAAGCGGACUUUUAAACACAUGUAUUUACUAUUUACUAUCUAAAUGCAUUAUAUAUAUACAGUAUAUAUAUGGCGAUGCACACAGCUGAUGUGCCCAAACGAGUUCUCCCCAAGAGGCUGAGCUUUUCUUCUUGUCACUCAGUUUUCUAAAGCAAACUAUAGUAAAUGGCGCGGAACAAAUUCUUCCGAAGAGUCUGAGCUUUUCAAGUCAUCCCACAUUUCAGGGUAUAGAUAGAUAGAUAGAUAGAUAGAUAGAUAGAUAGAUAGAUAGAUAGAUAGAUAGAUAGAUAGAUAGAUAGAUAGAUAGAUAGAUAGAUAGAUAGAUAGAUAGAUAGAUAGAUAGAUAGAUAGAUAGAUAGAUAGUACUUUAUUGAUUCCUUCAGGAGAGUUCCCUCAGGAAAAUUAAAAUUCCAGCAGCAGUGUACAGAAUUGAGAUCAAAUUUAAAAAAGUAAAUAAU